GAGCAGCAAGGGAACGCGUCCUGGCGCUCCGCGGAAGGCGGAAGGCCGUUCCGGCAGCCAUGGCGUCGAGACGCUAGACGCUCUGGAACUCCGGCGGAUUUUUUCGCGCGUUCCCGGCGCUCUGAGCCGCACCGGACGAUGGGGCUGGGCUGGGUGUGUGCCAGCACCGAACCGGGAAACAGCACCGUGGAGGCCACCAUUCCAGGAGGCACAGCAGGUGUCGUAGCAGCAGCAGCAGCAGCAGCAGCAUUGGUGUGAACAGCAGCAGGAGGAGGAGGGUCCCCGGAGGCCCGCCGCCGGCCACAUGAACCACCCGCCUGGACGCCCGCCGCCCCGCCUCGGAGAAAAGGUCAAGCAUAUCAUCGCCGCCAGGAUGCUCUGCUGCGGACGCAAAAAGGAGAACCACGAGGGCGACCUGGUGGUGUGCGUCGAAGGCGGCAGCGAGACGUGGGGUCCCCGGGUGGGGGCGGUCAGACCCCGGCUGGCGCCGGGAGCCCCUGCUCCCGAAAUGGUUCUGCAGGGCGACUUCCGAAAGGUGAGCGGCAUCUCUAGCGAGGUGUUCCGCCAGAUCGAGGCCGUGGAGAGGGAGUACGAUGCCACCACGGCGGCCCACCUGGAGGCCGUGCAGAAGCGCGGCGAGAUGGUGGUGCGCGUGCUCGACCCGCGCUGCCUGGGCCGCGCCGGGGCGCAGGCGGCGCGGCGCUACGCGCAGGGCGGCACCGCCUUCGUCGAGAUCGUCAAGCGGCCCGGACAGACCCUCGGACUGUACAUCCGCGAGGGAGACGGAGUGCGCACACAGGAAGGGGUAUUCAUCUCUCGCAUCGCCCUGGAGAGCGCGGUGUACCACUCGGGCCUGCUACGCGUGGGCGACGAGAUUCUGGCCGUGAACCUGGUGGACGUGCGCAACAUGAGCCUGGACGACGUGGUGAUCAUCAUGUCCAUACCUCGUCGACUGGUGCUCGCCGUGCGCUCCAAGGGCGCCGGCGGUCCCGGAGGGCGCUCGGGGGCGCUGCCACCCGUGCCGCCCAUGGCAGCCGAGAGGCAGCGGCCGCCCGUUGUCAUCGUCAAGAGGGGAGUCCAGGAAGCCGAGGACGACCUUCAGAGCGAGAAUGGCAUGGGCGGCGGCCUGAUGGAGAAUCCAUACUACAGCAGCACGGUGCCGGUGCGGAGGCAACCGCAGCCCCCGCACCGCUACCCAAAGACACUCGAGAGCCUGGCGGAACAGGUGCACGCCUUCCGGGACAGCCCGCACAUGGAGCGCUCAUCGGCGGCCAGGAACAGGUACUGGGACGAACACGACCGGGGAAUGUCGACGCGGCGGCUUCUGCGCACCGAGAGCGAGCAGCGUCUGAUGCAGCCCGAGAUGAUGCAGGGCCCGCACGCGGGACGGUACUACUCGCUCAGGCCUUCGGCCACGGGCUGGAGGCAUGGUCUCCCUGCACCACGCUGCGCAGCACCACCACCAACAGCAGCAGCAGCAACAGCAGAUGGCCCCUGGGGGCAUCCUGCGGCGCCGGUCGCUCAUGGAGAGCUGCUCGGACACAGAAGGUACAGUCCGGCAGGAGACCGCCUUCGGCCAUGGGAGCGCCAUUCAUGGUGGCCCCGACGCACGGACUACCACUGCUCAGCGGUACUCUUUGGCUCAGCCAUCGCGGAAGAGGCUGGUCCUUUCACGGCCACAGAGGCGUACUCUUGUUUUGUUCUUGGUAAGCAAAGUACCAGACAACAUCCGCGCACGCUGACAGGGCGCUCCAACUCCCUGCCUCGCGGCGUGGCACUCGGGGUGUUGGACCCGCGUCGGGCGCUGCGUCACGGUGUGCGAUUCGAGCGCGCCGCCUACGACUCGCAAGAGGACAGCGACGGAGCACUGUCAGCGCCGGAACUGCCUUCGGGAAGGCCUCGCAGGCCCAAGGCGUCGGCGAGCGGUGGUCCGCUGGCGGCUCCCCUGAUGAGCGGCGGCGGGGGCACGCUGCCCGGCGUCUUCUCGUCGUCCGAGUACCGGGCCUGGAUGCGCCGCGCGCCGUCCACCUCGGCACUGUACGAGCGCGUGGGGCGCCUCUCCUCCACGGCAUCGUCGACGGGCCUCAGCGGCAGGGCCAUGAUGCACCCGCAGCUGUCCUCAUCCUCGUCGGCCACCUCAUCUCUGCGGCGACCCCUGCCGAGGGUCGCCCACAGCGCCGAGAGCCUACUGGACUCUCUUAGACAGGAGCAGCAACAACUGCAGCUCCAGCAGCGGCGGAGCAGCCUCCUAUCGGGCCUGCCGACUUGGGGCUCCAGCAGCCUGGACCUGGGCUCGAGUGCCGGCGGCAGCAGCCUGCGGCCCAUGGGACGCUCUUCGUCGCUGCUUUUCCCGCGGCCGCUCCGGCUGCCACACGCCAUGAGCCUCGACUACGUGCGCGCCGAGGACCGAGCCCUGUGUCUCAACCCCAGAGAGUUCCUCAAGUACAGGCCCGAGAAGGAGAGCGAGUCGGUGCUGGCGGGGGCCUUCAGCGGGCUGCUGUGGCUCCACCUGCUCGGCGCCCGCGGACUCCGAGGACACGGGCCACGCGACCUGUACUGCGUCAUCGAGACAGACCGGGCACACAAGGCCCGCACCGUCGUCCGCUCGGGAGACCACUCCUUCGACUGGGACGAGGUCUUCGAGCUGGAUCUCGUGGACAACACGACGGUGUCGUUCCUGCUCUACAGCUGGGACCCUCAGUCUCGCCACAAGCUCUGCUACAAGGGCACCGUGCACCUGCUGUCGGCGCUGCGCGAGGCGCCCGCGCACAGCCUCGCCCUGCGGCUGGAACCGCGGGGGGCGCUCUACCUGAAGAUGCGCUACCGAGACCCCCGACACACCUUCCAGCGGACGCCCAACUACAGCGGCGGAGGCGUGUUCGGCGCUCCUCUGGACGCCCUCGUUGCGAGGGAGAAGGGCACCGUGCCGCUCAUCGUGCAACGAUGUGUGCAACAGGUGGAGAACCGUGGCCUGGACAUCGUGGGCAUCUACCGCCUCUGCGGGUCCGCCGUGCGCAAGCGAAUGCUACGCGAAGCCAUCGAGCGUAGCUGCGCGGCCAGCGGACCCCACUGGAAAGUGGACCUCUCCGCGGAGCACGUGCCGGACAUCAACGUUGUCACGAGUCUUCUGAAGGAUUACCUACGCGAGCUUCCCGAGCCCUUGUUCACCAAGGGGCUGUUCGACAUGCUGGUAGACGGGCUGAGCGUUUGCCUGCCCGACGACCCCGAGGGCAACGCCAAGCUCAUGUUCAGCAUACUCGACUGCCUGCCCAAGGUCAACAGGUGCACCGCCCUGUUCCUGCUGGACCACCUGAAACUGGUGAGCAGUCGCAGCGAUCGCAACAAGAUGACGUCACGCGCCCUGGCCGAGUGCUUCGGCCCCGUGUGCGUGUGCCACGCCGAGACGGGAUUCCCCGUCUCCGACCUGCGUCGCCCCAUCGAGGUCUUCGCCUACCUGCUCGACAUAUGGCCGCUCAACAGGGCCGCGUUCGUCGCCGCCAGCGGCAGCGACCUGCGCCCCUCCCUGGGCGCCAGCAUCGCCGCGGGCAGCGGCCUGGGCGGAGGCUCGUCACUUGGGGGCAGCGCCUACUUGACCAGCUCGGUGUCGGCGUCGUCGUCACCGCACAUGGUCGGCUCGCUGAGCGGCGGCGGCGCCACCAGCGGCCUCUACUCCACGGCCGGUAGCUACGCCAGCGGCGUGCACACGGCGGGAGGCGCCGGCAUCUACACCAGCGGCGUGCACACGGCGGGAGGUGCCGGCAGCUACACCAGCCGCACGAGCGAACUCGCGGGCGGCGGUGGCUACACGAGCUCGACACUGGGCUCGAGCAAUACGUACUCGAGCUCCGGCGGGAUCGGCAUCUCGGUGCCCAUAACCACCGUGCCGGGCUUGUCAUCGCUGGGCGCGUCCGACAAGCUGACCACCACUGUGACCGCGCCGUCUUCUUCCUCGUCACCACCUCGCGACGCGACGGCCAUCACCACCACCGCAUCGUCUACGCUGACCAGAGAGCGGCCCGAGCCUCGCGAGCGGUCUGAACACCGCGACCGAUCCGAGUACAAGGAGCGUACCGAGUACAAGGAGCGUACCGAUUACAGGGAGCGUACCGAGCACAGGGAGCGGCCCGAACAUAGGGAGCGGCCCGAACAUAGGGAGCGACCCGAACAUAGGGAGCGACCCGAGCACAGGGAGCGGCCCGAACCGCGGGAGCGCUCCAUCUUAGGUGACGUCAGUGGCACGCUCGAGAGGGAGCGAGCGAGCGGGCACCAUCUCCUCAACUCGACGAGGGACAGGGUUUGUGACGUCACGGGAGGUGCCAACCCAUCAGUGGGGAGAGCCGCGGCGUUCGGGGGAACCAACGGCAUCGGAACUGCCUCCGGGAUCGGUGUGAACGGCGGCGGCGCCGGUGCGAACGGAACCAACGGCGGUCCGUCCUCCGUCGCCACGCAGGGAUCGGAGUCGAGGCCCGGCGAGGCGUCGUCGGGGGCGGCUCCCGACAGCAAGCCGUGGCCUAGCCAGAGAUCAUCACUGCCAGAAUCUGCCUGUUGAUCCCGUGCCAUUGUUUCGGUUUGAAAACCCCCCUUCGUUUUUACGUUGA